ACAAGAAUUUGAAUCAAGAACGCAAACUGUGCCGCGAGUGCCUGUUCGAGAUUGCGCGGGCAUUUCUCGAGCUUUCGUGCUUGCUGGCCGAUCAGUCGUCCCUCGUCCGUCCACGUUCGCGCCAGUCGAUCGCGAUGUGGUCCAGCAUACUUGCAAAUAAUUUGUUUUGACAUUUAUAAUGACAUUUGUACGUGAGAGAGAAAGAAUAUGAAACUUGCCGUUCUUGAUCAUCUUUUUGAAGGAUAAUGUGUCCCGAUAUCGAGUGUCUCGUCAUUGUAUCGUUCAUCCUGUAUCGUUCGAGAUAAGGGUCGCAUCAUGGUGGACAAGUUGCACGAAUACGAAGGAUUCGCGGGUAGAAUUCACAGUGUUCGCGAAGCCAUUAAAGAACGAUGGAGUGCGUGGAAAGAAUGGAAAAACGGUCUGAAUCUGGAUCAAGGUCUAGACGGACUCAGACAUCAUCUACGGGGGCCGCCUAAGUUGGAGCGCACGUUGGAAGACUAUUCUCAUAUCUACAGAAGAAAGACCCGCUCCGAGCUGGUCCGAAUUUCAGCGGCUGUGAUGGGAAUCGAGUUUUCAUACGCGGCGGAAACCGCUUUCGUUUCGCCGACACUAUUGAAGAUCGGUGUCGAUCAUCAACGUAUGACGCUGGUAUGGGCGCUGAGUCCUCUCGUAGGUUUUUUCGUGACGCCUAUCCUCGGCAGUAUAAGCGACCGCUGUAAACUCAAGCACGGCAGGAGACGACCCUUCAUUCUUUUGCUGGCCCUCGGGGUUUUCAUAGGACUGAUUCUAGUACCGAACGGUGAACAUAUUGGCUACGUGUUCGGCGAUAUGCCAUCUCGUACGAACGAGACGAUUCCCCUCGGACAUCGCACAACUGCAAAGUUGGCCGAGAAGGAAGCGUCUGAAUUCAUUGAAAGGGCUUCUUCGCAUUCCUGGGGUAUCCUCUUUACGAUUCUCGGCACGGUGCUGCUCGACUUUGACGCUGAUGCUUGUCAGAGUCCCGCGAGAGCUUAUCUCCUCGAUGUCACUAUACCCGAGGAUCACGCUAGAGGCUUAAGCACGUUCACCAUAAUGGCGGGUUUAGGAGGCUUCAUGGGCUAUGGUCUGGGUGGCAUCAAUUGGGACGCCACUUCGCUCGGCGUUAUGCUAGGCGGGCACGUGCAGGUGACCUUCACUUUAAUCACGAUUAUCUUCGUCGUUUGCGUCAUAUGUACGAUUACCAGCUUCAAGGAGAUUCCACUCGAGAUACUCGAGAAAGAUCAGUAUAGACAGAUGGAAGAAUUAAAGGCAUCGAAAGAAAUCCAAGAGACGGAGAAUAAGCAAGAUGAGCGCGAAAAGAUCAUCCACGAUGAGUCGAAGACGUACGGUGCUCUUGAUGUUGAACGCGAGGCAGAAACUUCGAAGAUGGAAGAAUUCGCCCUCAAUCCGCAACUCUCCGAUCGUCCUGAAGAUCUAAUUUUCAAAGGUAGUCACGUCAAUUACGGCUUCGAGGGCGAGAUAAAUCCCAAAGCGACCUUAAAGGAGUAUCUGCUAUCAAUCGUCUACAUGCCACACAGUCUCCGUUUGGUAUGUUUGACGAAUCUGUUUUGCUGGAUGGCACACGUGUGUUAUUCCCUGUACUUCACGGACUUCGUGGGCGAAGCAGUGUACGGCGGAAAUCCGCGAGCGCCCGCGAAUACCAACGAACGGGAACUCUACGAAGAGGGAGUGCGAUUCGGAUGCUGGGGAAUGUCUAUGUAUUCGCUAUCCUGUUCGUGCUACUCGCUUAUCAUUGAACGACUGAUUCAGCGUUUCCGCGCGCGUAAGGUUUACAUCUACGGGCUGCUCUUCUAUAGCGUCGGCAUGCUCCUGAUGGCUCUGAUGAAACACCAAGUCGGCGUCAUCGUCUUCUCGUGGACCGCCGGCGUCAUGUAUUCCACGCUGUUUACCAUGCCGUACCUACUGGUUGCGCACUAUCAUACGUCCUCGACUUUCGCUCUCACGAGCGACGAGGGCGAUGCAGUUUCCGGCGGUUUCGUACGCGGAUUGGGAACCGAUGUCGCCAUCGUCUCCUCCAUGGUGUUUCUUGCGCAAUUCUUACUAUCUUGUUGCCUAGGUACGAUUGUUAACUUCACGGGCUCCACCACGGCGGUAGUGUAUGUGGCUAGUUUUCUGGCAAUGUGCGGCGCAGCCUCGGCUACGCGGAUCAUGUACCUGGAUUUAUGAAUCG